GGCUCCUGUCCCCAACCAAACAAGCCAGCAAAAAGACGCCGUCAGGCCUCCCGCCGUCAAACCCAGCGCUAAAAGAGUUGGGCCUCCCGAUCUUCGUCCGCGUAACUCAACGCGGCCGAUAUACCGCCCGUCAGGAGGCCUCCACGCCGUCCGGCCCGUAGAUCAACCGGGCCAGGCCCCCCGAUGCAUUUCCAGAGUCCACCGCCGAAACCCUACAGAGACGGCGGCUUAUACAUAAGCCGUACUGCUUCGCAGCCCCCUCCCCCUCCUCCCUCCCCGCCGCCUCCUGCCUCCAUCGUCUCCCCCAUCGGAACUAGGUUCCUUCCCACGGAUGGCGAUCGUACGCGAGUUGGAGGGCCCGGUCGGCGUCGACCGCAAGAUCGGGUCUGGCCGUGCUCUGGAUACGGCAGCCUUUCGCCCUCAUGCAAAGGCUUGUGCAAAAUCCUCCACGCAGGCUGGUGCCAGACCCUUCACUGCAAAGAAGGCUGAUGGGGAGGCCUUCACUGGGAAGAAGGCGAAGGCUGAUGGGGAGGCUUUCAUUGGGAAGAAGGCGAAGACUGAUGGGGAGGCUUUCACUGGGAAGAAGGCGAAGACUGAUGGGGAUUCUUUUGAGAAGACUGUCUCAGCAUUUGUAAUACCUGGGUUAUGGACACCUGAAGUUGCCAAACAAAAAGAGUUUGAUGACUCUAUCAAUCAGUAUAUGGUUCAUCUGAAGAUUAAGUUGCCGACCAUGAUCGAUCUGUCUAUAUACCAAACCUGGUAUCUGCUUUAUGGAAAGUUAAACCUGAAAGAUCUAGCUGCUCGAGUUUGCUACAAACUUAAUCUUGAAAUGGAUUGCCCUAUUAAUUUUGUCAUUGAUUCUAUUCAGCUUCCUGAAGUGGCUAUAAUAUCGAACAUUUCCAAGAAAUAUGAAAGUGAUGACGGAGUUCUGCAUCUUUUUUGUGAUAUUGCUCAAGAUCCACUAAAACAUGGCUGGGUGACAAUUGAGAGGAAGAAAAAGAAACUUGCUAAAAAUGCUUCUGCUCUUAGCAAACAGCAUACUUCAAAGAAGCUAAUCAUGAAGACAGGUUCCGUGGUUUCCUCGAUUGAGCUUGUUGCAGAGUCGGUACCUUUUUCAAAGUUCCCCAGUUGCAAAACCAAAGGUAGCAGGAAAAUGGCACAGUUCGUUAAGAAGAGACAGAUGCAACUUGUGAUGAAUCAGAAGUCGCCCUUUGUUCAGUUGAAAGACGGACCUGCUGUGCGCUCCUUUGGCACCUCUGGCCCUGGUGGGAACCUGCAGUUCUACUGAGUCACAUGCAUGGGAAGGAGUUUCUGAGAAGAGCCAGAUGCAUUUCUGUGAGAAUGGAUAGUAGGCAUUGUCCUUGGUUCCGCAUGUUUUUGCCUGAUGCUAGAGUCGAAAGUGUACUGUCUGAAUUUGAUUGACAAUACUUUGUCAGUCUAACUUGUGAAAAGUGAGCUUCUAUCUGUUUUUCUUUCCUUCUUGCUGUUGUGUGUGGAGGCACCACUGUGAGCCCUCUGAGGCUCGAUGUUGUGAUUAUGACAUAUCUGGUGAAAGUGCUUUAAUCCUCUGGCAAUAUUGGUCUUCUGUGUUGA